AUGGACGAGGGGGAGAGAAUUUCUUUCGAGGAGCGCUCAAAGGCUCUGCGAGUCGAAUUGAAAGUAUGGGAAAAGGAUUUUCAGAACAAUAAUGAAGGCCGCAAAGCCUCAAGAGAGGAUAUCAAAGCGAACCCGGAUAUCGCCUCGAAAUAUAAAGAAUUCAAUAGAGUACGCGACAUACUCUCUGGAAAGAUUUCGCACAUACCUCCACCGGCUCCUAAACCAACACCCCGAAAGAGAAGACAUGGAGAGGAUCAAGAUGAAACACCCCAAAAGCGUGCACAUAUCGAUAAAACACCCUCGAAGAAUACAAUAUUACCAUGGGAUGUUGACCCUUAUCAUUCGCCUUCCGUUAUGAGAAACCUAUUUGCUACACCUUCGAAGAAAACCGCAAUUGGACCAACACCACAGAAGGAUGGGCAGGUUCUAGGGUUGUUUGACUUGGAUCCAGACAGUGCCGCAGAUUCUCCUUCCACUGCUCCUGGGGUAUUUGGGAAAACAGCCGGCAUAGAAGUAACUCCUCGAAAGCAUGGACAUGGAAUGACUCCAGUAAGCUCAAGAGCAAUCAUGCACAACAAUACGCCCUCAUCGAGAAGGACCUUGUUGUUCAGUACGCCUUUGAAGAAUAAGAUUGCCAAUGCUCAAGGAUCAACAACACCUUCAUCAGUAUCAAAGCUACAUUUUAGUACACCAUCAUUUUUGAGAAGAGAUAGCCAACGAAUUCGAAUGCCGGCUCUCGAUGAAAAUGAAGAAGGCCCACCUGAUUCUCCAGAAAUUAUUCGAGGUCCUCGAAAACCAAUGAUCAAAAGUCUAAGCAGUAUGCUUGCUGGUCUCCGGAAAAUGGAAGAAGAUGCUGCAGAGGAUGAUUUAGAGGCUCUUCGUGAAAUGGAAGCCGAGACAUCCAAACCGUCCAAGCCCACAUCAAAACCACAAUCAAACCCACAAUUGACUGCUCCACCAAUUAGCUCGACAAGCGCCUCGUCAUCAAAACCGCCGACCGAAGAGCCCCUUCCAGAAGACACAAUUCUGGUUAAAGAUAGUCAGCCACAAGAAUUACUGGGUGGUUUCGACGAUGAAGCUAUGUACGAUUCUGAGCCCGAAGAAGCGACAGAGGCACCCAAAAGAACAUACAAAAAGAGAGGUCAAAAGCGUACCACCCGUCGUGUAAAUCUUAAGCCAAAUCAAAGCGAAGACGAACUCGCGCUUCCGCAUACUCGCCUCGAAACUAUACCCGAAACUCAACUCGAUGAUGAGUUCCCUCCACCUGACAAUGACGAAUUCCCACAUCCUGAUGAAUUUCCACUCGACGGUCGCAACUUCGAUUCUGAUUCCGCUUCCGAAUAUACAGCUUCAGAAGGAGGAACGCGGUACAGGAGACCAGAUCAAGAUAAGACGAAAAAGAAAAAUCUGGAGGCUAACAGGGAAGGGAAAGUCAAGAAGGCUGCCAGGAAGAUCAAAGCUACUGCAGGCAGUCUACAGAAUUACAAGAGGUUGAAGUUGAGGAAUAGUGGAGCGAAGGGGGGACCAGGGGUUGGUAGUAAAUUUAGGAGGAGAAAGUAA